GAACUAUUUAGAUGUCUUUCCACUCUCCCGGUGUCGUUGGUAAAAACUUCAGAGCAUUUGCACGUUCGCCAUUUACAAGAAUUUUUGGUUUAAUAAGCGUUGCUGAUUUAUCGCUUUACUUUCGGGAUAACUCAGGGGAUUUGCUCUGAGAAAGAAAAAAAUGGCUCCAGGUGGUGUCCCACAAGGGUCCAAGCGAGAUGAAGGCGAUGGCCCUCCACCACCGCAGCGCCCAAGCUAUAACAGGGCCACUAGUGUAGAUGAUGUAUCAGGCCAAACACCAGCGAUUGUCAAGUCAUUCUUGGCCAUUUGCUUUCAGCAAGAUGGUGUUGAACCCCCAGCUGACCUCACAGAUGGCCAGAGAGAGACAAACACAAAGGUUGCUCAUGCUUUGAGGGAGAUUGGUGAUCAGCUUACAAACGAUGCCACUCUAAAUAACCUGAUAGCAGAAUGCCAUGUUACAAAGGACACAGCUUUCGAUACUUUCCUAGCAGUCGCCCUUCAGAUAUUCCAGGAUGGGGUUAUUAACUGGGGAAGAAUAGUGACUUUGUUUUACUUUGGCUACAAGCUGGCAUUAAAAGUGUUGAAUCAAAUCCCUCUUAUCAAGAUGAUCAUUGAAUGGGUUGUCAAGUUUGUCAAGGAGAAACUAGUCAAGUGGAUUUUUCAACAAGGUGGAUGGGAAUCAGCCAUGGAUUAUUUCAAUGGACUGCAGACAAGGCAAACAGUAGAGUUCUUUUUUGUCCUUGGAGCCUGUGUCUCCGUCCUCGGCCUGGUGUAUAUAUGGCACAGUCGUUAGUAUAUACUUCUACAGAAUGGAUAGGAAUUGCUAACGGAUAGGGCAUUUGCACAAUAUAUUAAAUUAUAAAUGCUAUGACAUGCCUUCAUAGUCAGACUAUGACAUGAGAUACAGUACCCAAAUUGUGUGAAUUGGCAUGUGGAACCCAGGGAAGGUGCUUGUUCAUGAGCACGACAUGGGUCUGACAGAGCUCAAUUUUUUGCCCCCAAAAAUAGAAACUACACCCCCAAAAAUACUGUGGAAAAAAAUUCAAACUUUUAAAGAUAUGCUGGAUCCCUUUUUGAAGCUAAUAUCCUAGUUCCCUCUGGGAUGAGAGAGGAACAAGUAUUUGUAAAAUAAUGAUUACCAUGACACUCAAUUUAUAUAAUGAAUUUUUAACAUACUGUCAAAGGGGCUUGUAAAACACUGAACUGUAAUAUUCAUUGAUUCUUUUUAAAAUUUGUUUUCACCAACAGAUUUGUUACAUGCCUAUUUGGGUCUUAAAAAGACCAUAAAAAAUUAUUUUGUAGUUUAUUUUAGAAUUUGUUUUGUAACUUUUUCUAUAUACCCCAACAGUGUCAUCAGGUCUUGUCUCAGGACAAGGAAUGAUAUAUUGGUUGUCAAACUUGAGUAAGACCCCAUUCAUAAGUCGCCCUUCUGCUGUGACGGAUAUAUUUCAAUAUGUCAAUUGGUAUCCACACAAAUAGAUUUGGUUCACUGUCACACUGAAUAUGUUUCGCUCAAUAGGUUUUGAGUAGUAAAAGCUGACUUGCUUCUGCUGUACAAAUAAAAAAAAUUGAUUUGACACAUCAAUAGCUUGAGGUUGUGUCAUACAUUUGCCAUACAGCACAAAUGGUACAGCCAGGCUUAGUGCUGUGCCGAACUUCAUUAAUUCAGACGUCAAACUGUUGAUGUGCUCAAUCCAAACAAUUAGAUUCAGCAUGACAGGAGUGCGACCUAUGAAUCAGGCCUAUUAGGUUAAGUGGGGUGCAACCUAUCAUUUGUCAUCUUUGUCUCAUACCUAUAAUAUGUUUUGAAGUAUCUCAUUUUAUCGCUUAUUGUUCAGAGUCCUCAAACAUUUGAUUUUAGACAUCUAGCACUUGCCUUAUUCAUCUCCCAGUAUGGGACACCAAGGAGAGCCUGAGAAAUGUGGAACUCUUGAAUAAACUUUUGUCAGUUUAACUGUAAUGAUAGCCUGCUAGCCAGGUUAUUCCAGGCUAACAGGCUAUUGCUAAACUUUUAAAAAAAAAUAGUAACAUUCUAGCAGAUGAAUCAUACUGUAUACUUUAUUUGAUAACUGCUUUACACUUCUGUAUUUGAAAUAUGGAAAUAAAAUGGUUUCUUUACA